AUGUCCUCCACGAUUCUUUUGGAAGACCAAUGGGCAUUGUUCGUACAAGAAAUUGUAAAGAAAGCAGUUCAAUGUAGGGCUAAAACUUUUGGUGUUUCUGUGUCAGAAAUGGCUGAGCUUCUUCAUACGGACAUGGCUACGUUAUACGGCUACACACUUGAUAAUUUGACCAACACUUUCUUUCCGAACUUUUUAUUACUUCAAGCUCGUAAGAACCUAUUUGAAACAAGGUCACUUGAUACCUCUUAUGUCGUCGCAGGAUUAACUCAAGCCCAAGGCGCAGCUGAAACAAUGUUGUAUUUUUUGCUGGUGGUUCUUCGAUUAAUUUAAAUCUUCGUGAUCUGGAAAUUCUGUAUGAUUGGCAGAAGCCUCAACUAUUUGCUAUUGAAAAUAUACCAUUGUCAAGCUAAUUGUCUCAGUGCUCUGUCAAAACAUCAAACUCGUUGCUUGCUGUAUCUAAACUGUUGUUUGGGCAAGGAGCAACAGAGCCGACCUGCAACGUUGCUUAUGUUCUAUCAAGAUCUCUGAACGAAGUUGAAGCUAAAUUUAAUGCUCUGACCGCAGUUGAAUUCCGGAAUUCUCCAUACAUCUUUAUAACUGUUACUAAUAUCACAAGGUGGUUCGUUAUGGAUGAUAUUCUUCAGUUGGUUACAAACGAAGGUAUCUGGGUGGAACUGGUGGAAAUACCAUCAGCAAGUCAUGUUGCACCUACAGCAAGUCAAAGCAUUACUAGAAAUCAAUAAUCCUACGUUCCGAAAUCUGUUACUUACGACGUAUGGGUAUAGUUAUUAUGAAUUAAUCAGUCUAACAAAAGCACCUUUAUCACAACUAUCUAACUUGCCUGUGAUUGAACUUCAUACUAUUAAUACUGGGAGCAUUAGUUCAUUAGUUGACAGAUAUUCUAUUUCUAACUUGUCUCUAUUACUUGGUGUAUCUGGUGUAGUGGACAUACACAUACCUUCAACUCUUCCGUCUUUUGAAUGGCCAAGGAUUGUUAUUGCUGUUGUCCAAGUUUCUUUUGCUCAUGCAGCAGAUGCUUUGUCAUUGAACUUGGCCGCUAGUAGUCGUAUUGUAUAGUGACUAACCAUGGCCGACGGGAAUCCAUCAAUUCUGGUCUGAUCAAUUCUUUGCGUGUCUAUUUCUUGCCAAGAGUAAACACAGGCGCACUAGCGGCGUGUCUGCUUGAACGAAAUGAGACGGAUAUUUAUGCGAUGCCAUUACCAGAGUAUCAUACACUAUUUAGGGCAUGCAAACAUUAUACCUAUUGUCCAGGGGAAAAUAACCUUCGAAAGUAUGCCUUUGGAAAACCUGUUAACUUGGCGACAGAUAACUUAGUUCUCCUGCAAGUUUGGAAUAGAACUGUAGCAGAUGUCGUUGCACAAUAG